AUUCCAGCAGAUCGGUUUCGUGUGUUUGCUGGCGGUGAAAGCAGCGUUUGCGUCUGUGGCGCGUGGUGGCGUGGCGAUUGUUCGUUCGUCCGAAGCGUCUGCUUUAAUCUGCGCUCGGAGGAAAGCUUCCGUGAUCAAAGUUACCGUCUUCUAUGCUGUGUUCGAGAAAGGGGUUGUUUCUUCUUCCCCGUCGAUGGAGGUGACAAACGAGCUUCCUUGUCGAGAAUUGGAUUUGAGUCUCGAGGACGUCUUGGAGUUGUUCGUGGAUUCCGAGGAGCCUUUCGAUUCUGAGCCAUGGGAUUUCUCGCAGUCUCUUCUGCCUCCUUCGCCUGGAUUUUUCUCUUUUGACGAGGCAAAUGGUUGGGAGAUCAAGGACAGAUCUGAGAUUUGUCCAGAGUCCGGCGGCUGUGAGAGCCUGGAGGCGACACAAAUCAUCGCUAGUGAUGAGUUUCUUGUCGACGAUGGGCGUUUGGGAGUUUCGAGUCCUGUAUCUUGUAGCGGGGCCGAAUUGGGAAGUAACCUAGUUGCGACCUCUCAAGUCGAGACCAGACCGUACUGUUCCAACAGUUCCGAAGGAACAAGCCACUCGGAACUGAAUCAAGGGGCUCUGGAUCUUGGCCGCUCAAAUAGCAAUCUGCAUUGUGACAGCUUUCUAGAGCUGAAGUCGCUUAGCCCCGAGUCGGGCUGUACCAGUUCUGACGAGCAAGUGCAAGGCAGAAGCUGCAAUAACUGUCCAACUCAGUCUGGAGAUGCGACAGCAAGUGGGGAGGAUGUUACGGGCACUGUGGACGAAGACACGAAGAAAAGAAUAAGACUCAUGAGAAAUCGAGAGUCAGCUACGCAAUCACGAUUGAGAAAGAAAUCGUAUGUAAAGGAGUUGGAAAUGAGGUACCGGAUGUUGGAAAGCCAUUGCUCAAUUCUUCAGCAAACGGUCGCCUUCACUUCUCAGGAAAAUAUCUUAUUGAAAGAAGAGCUUAACAAGAUUAAAUGCUCAAACUUGAAUGGAUCCAAGUCUGGCGUGGUGGAGCCUGCAGCGCUACCAAGUGACUCCCUGCCGUCGGAGUCCCCACCCUGCCUUACUGCAUCGGCCCCAUUUCGUUUGGACAACUGGGAGCUUCUCGCGUGCCUUUACCACGUCUUGCUUCUCACUCUGUUGGAAACCAAGGCACAAAGCCGAGCAAGAAGAGGAGACGGCGAGAGGCGACCGUGGGUCCGGAUUAGGAGAUGUCAAGUCCUAUGGUUAUCACCUAUUUUGAUCAAUCUUGUUAGCCUGGGAAGGCUUAGGUCGCAAAUGAUGUCGGUGACAAGAAAAUUGUCUUACUUCUCCACCCGAGCUAAAAGGAGAAACUUACUCGAUAUCACCCAUAUAAAAUCACAAUUCUCCACGUGUGUUCGACAACACCAGCACUGCGCGAAGAGCAGUAAGAAGUUGAGAAAGAGUGGUAGGCAUCCGAGGAGGUAUGGUUAUCACAUCCGGUAGGGGAAGCUUUCCUCUUUGUAUACUUAUUCAACCUAGCAGAAUAGCAUUCUUUCAAGCCCCACUCGAGGGACUGACUUGAGUAGUCUCGUAGAUCUUCAGAGGUUUCGUGUUUUUACCACUGUAAUAAACCAGGACAUGCGUCCUUAUACUAAUACAGCAGCAGGUUAAGGAGAGUAAUGAGUUGCGCUGUGACCACUCGUUGCUCCUCAGGUAGGUUUUAGCACUGGAAAUCUUAUUGGUCUCUUCAUC